AAAGGAUUGAAGUUUUUGAAUAACAUUUUCUUCAUAUUCCUGGAUAUCCACCAUUUUUUGAAAGCUGAAAGUACCACAAGGAUAAAACACGGUAACAUAAAGAGAUUACUGUUUGAACUCCAUAUGUUUUGAAGGUUCCAAGUGAAUUUCAGACCGUGGAUCGUUGAAUUUAUGAGUCACAUUAUCAACACCUCCUCAUUCAUAAUGAUGCCUAAAUUACUGAGCAUAACUGCCCUGCUUUUUUCCUACAACUUUUUGGGUGAUCACGUUUACAAAUAUGUAGCUCUUGCCAUCAUUCUUCUGCUCUUGGCUAACGCUGUAAGCCAUGCUGGAAAUGGCUUGUCCGAUGGAUAUGGCCGGGCAGUAUUGAUAACGGGCUGUGAUAGUGGAUUUGGACUUCACCUUGCUAAGAAACUGGACCGCAUGGGUUUCACUGUGUUUGCUGGAUGUUUAUGCCCUGAUGGUCCCGGCGCUCAGAGUCUGAUUAAAGAAGGGUCAGAGCGUAUGGAAGUACUUCAACUGGACGUGACCAAAAAUGAACACGUUAACUUGGCCAAGGAUUUUGUCAAAGCAAAUUUGCCAGAGAAAGGUCUCUAUGCUGUUGUGAACAAUGCUGGAAUUAGUGAGUGGGGAGAGACUGAGUGGAGUACAGUUGAAGACUUCCAAAAGAUGUCUGAUGUUAACCUGUUUGGCAGCAUCAGAGUCACCAUUGCUUUCUUGUCACUUGUUAGGGCAUCCAAAGGUCGUAUGUUGUAUGUGUCAAGUGUCUUUUCCUUCUUCAAUUGUCUGAAUAUGGGGGCAUACAGUGUUUCCAAGCGAGGACUGGAGGCAUUCGCAGACUGUUUAAGAGUAGAGAUGGCCAGUUUUGGGGUUAAGGUCAGCAUUAUUCAACCUGGAAAUUUUGGGUCAGCCACAAACAUUCAGAGCAAGAAAACUUCGCAAGACAUAUGGGAUGAAUUUGAUGGUGCUCGUAAACGAAUAUUUAGUCAGAAUUACAUUGAGAUAGCAUGUGAUUAUUUUCAGUCAAUGUGCUCUUUAGGAUUUAAGGAUUGCACUAUGGUUAUCGAUGCCAUGUUACACGCUCUCACUGCACCUAAACCUCAAACUCGAUACCUGCUUGUUUCGUCUGUAGAUAUGCUAUUUUUUUACACCUUUCCUUAUUUACCCACAUACAUCACAGAUGCUGUGUUUAAUCUGAGUUCCAUGUAUCACAAGCGUAAAGAAAUGCUUUACUCAUAAUUUGGUUUAUUGAUAAUCACUGAGUUCCCUUCAUAGACCGAACUCAAAGAAAGUUCCUAUUCUAAGAGACUGUAUAGACAUAUGUAUUUCUUUGUUUGGCUACAGAUAUAAUAAAAUCUUGAUGGAAAGGAAAACUAUGAACAGUGCUGGAGAAUUUCUUAUAUCCAGACUUACAG